CUCCUGUCAGAAAAGCGCGCGUAAACGAUUUUUUUUUCAAUCUUGAUAUCAAAGACAAUUGUGGAACUUUCUAAGUAUAGUCUAUGGUUUUGUUUAUGUUUGGAUACGUGUAAUUAAUUCCGUUCUCGUUAUUUUUAUAUAACAAUUAUUCUAAUACCGGCGUUAAUGUGUGGUUUUUAGUUAGUACGUACUCGGGUUUAAGAACGGUAGUGUUGUGCGAAUUCGUUUGUGUUGUGUUUAGUUUUAUUAAGAGAAAUGGAACGUUACGUAGUAAAUAGACAUUCGAAGAAGCGUAAAAGUAACGAUGGACUUUUAUUGAAAUGGAGGAAGAAAUAUAACAACCUGCGGAAAAGAUCCUGGGUUACCAAUGGAUACGAUUUAAACAAUGCGGGUUAUGUGAUCAACAGACGUUACACGAAGAGCAAAAUGUCACCAGUAUGUCACAGCUUCGUGCAAAAUGCGUGGAAGAAGGAUUUCUGCUCGAACUGCUUCAAAUCUCGAGAAGAACACGUCAAGCAGGAAAAGACGACGGAAGGUAGCAAAUACACCGCGACCCCGUUCCAAAACAGAAGUACAUUCUUCAAGAAAACACCACCGAGUAUUCUAAAGAUUACUCCAAAGAAGAAGAACAAGCGUAAUGUUAGAUUCCCAGAAGAAGUGUGCAGUGUUAUAGGUUUCGGAGGCGAUGAUUGGUCGGACGAAGAAGAAUUCGAAAUGUCAGAAGAAAAUGACGACGAAGACGUAUUCCCAGAUACAGAAGAAGAAAGAGAAUUGUACAAGAUUACAAAAACCAAUACAGAUUUCAACACAGUUAAAGCGAAUCUACUGGGAGAUUCAGUUGCCAAGUCUUACACAUCGUUGUUGCUUGGCAAAAUGCAAACAGAUUCUGAUGGCAAGAAGAAAACAUUAAUGGUGUCCGUGACACCUUUCGGCCAAGAAAAUAAGGGACCCAAUAUUAAAACGCAUACUCGCAAACCCGCCGUCAUUCAUAUAAAUGAAACACAAACCGAAGAAGCGGCAAACAAUUACAAAACUAAUAUUAUUCUGACGUCUUACAUUAAAGAAUCGGAAACAAUAAUUGCUUCAGAAAGCGUUCGAUCUACUGAAGGCAUUUGUACAGAGAAAUCUUUGUUGGAAGAAAUAUCAGAGACAUUGCAACAAAACAGAAUGAGCACCACGGAGCUCAGCUUAAACCAUAAAGACAACAAUAAACCUACUGUUAUCGAAGAAAAAAGAAAAGAAAGUAUGCAAGACGAAGUUGAGAAGAAAGAAAUGACUGAGUCGCGUAAAAAUGGCAUUGUAAGAAAAUCUCCCUUAAUAAAAACCCAAGAAAGACCUAAAGUGAACCUAAGCAGAUCAGAAUUUAAGUUUUGUAAAAUUAAUAUCGAAAGCAGUAGCGUAGAUUCCGCUGUAGGUACUUUGAAUUCCACCGCUAACAAUUCGCUGACAUCAGACGAUGACAGUUUUAGCGCACGAACCGAUUCUGAUAACGACGAUAGCGGACACUUCUCUGAAACACACAAGUGUGAGGAAACCGUUAAGAUAAAGGUGUUUAAUGAAUCAGAGAAAACAAUGAAAAUGUCUCCUAUUGGGCAUCUAAGGAAAGCCGAUGGAAAAGCUGGUAGUGGCUACAGUACGUUCCAGACUCCGAUUAUCGAUAUGCCUCCGAUUAUACCUAAGCAACCUGAUACUGUAUUCUCUGCUGAAGCCAGUAGAGAAUUAGCUGGCGAGCCUGAUGGAAGAGCGGAUCCCGAUGAACCAAGUGAAGCACCGGCUCUGCCCAGCAGUCCCAUACCUACUAUGGACCCGCGACCAUCCUUCCUGCAUGGAAUGAUUACCGAUAUUAUGCCAUCUAAGCCAACUGUACCAGAAAAACCGAAAGUCCCAACCAAACCAGUUAUUAAGCAAACAACUAAGAAGUCUGUGACAUCAUCCCAUCAAAUUAUGCAAAUGCAUUCCACAAAAAAAGACGAAGUGAAUAAACAUGUAAACGAAGAAAAGCACAAUGGUUCAGAAAUUCAUGAACAAAAAACAGAAUCCAUAUAUUAUGCUAAACCCGUGUUAACGAAACAAGAUAGCGACGUAUCGCUGAACAGCCUGAGCAAACGCAAGGCACCGACACCACCGUUAUCUCCGACAGAGGAAUUUCCAAAUAAUUUGUACCAAAGAAAUCCAAGUGGAUAUAUGAAAUCAGAUUCUCCGGUCGUUAGGGAAAUGGAAAAAAGGGAAAGAGCCGUAAUGUCGACGCCAAAAACAAGAACAGUCGAAGACAUAGACAAGAAAGACUUGCAACCAGAACCGGCUCCUAGACGGAGUAUAUCCCUCUCACAUGACAAUUUGCUUCUAGAUGAAAAGCGUAAAGGGAAGUAUAAGUUUUCAAUCAAAAAGCUGUUACGUAUUGGUUCGUCAAAAGAUUUAGAUAAGAAGGAAAUAAGUGUAGCGACUGUUACGAAAGUGUCGCCGCACAAGACUGAGGAAAUAUACGACCUGGCGCCGAAGCCGAAGCCACGACUCGUCAUCAUCCAUCCGCUGGACAUUAACGGAUCAAAUGUCGAAGUUGUGAAAUCGAAUUGCGAAAUUUCGGAAAGCUUACGUCGCAUGAGUCACGACGACGUGUCGAUUUACAGCGGGUCUAGCUCCGCGACUGAUGUGGAGCCGCCGAAGAUCGUGAACAAGCCCCCGCCGCCGCCAAGGCUGUCGAGCGAGGAUGCGAGCGCUACGCCUGUGCCCACGCCAGCGCGUCCUCCCCCGCCCAAGUCAGCUGCCUUGCAGAAGAAACAGAAACAACAAACCUGGACGCCUGCUAUAAACAAGCCCGAUAGCAUCUAUGCUAAUUUAGGCGAGAUAAGGUCAGCUCUGGCACCGAGAAAACCCGAACGGACAGCGAGUAUGCGCGAACGGGAAUCUCACCUCGAGCUCCUGAAGCGCAGGACGCCUUUAGACGACGACAAAGACGAAUCAGACGAACCUCAAGAGCUAGUCCAAGCUACGAACGAUACAGUUAUUAACAACUACGAUGAUGUCUACAACUCUGGCAAAUACGAUGAAGAGACUUGUGAUUCGGCUAAAAAUAGCGACAGUGACUACGAAUACGUACACCAUGCUCGUUCGAGUUCACCAGAAUGCGACGCCGCGAUCAAACCGAGAGAAGUAAAAAUCGACAUCAGAUCCGAUACCAAAAACGAAGACAGUAACACCGAAUAUCCUAAAUAUAACAACAGUUUCAACAGAUCGUCUAUCCCUUACUGCGGCAGCGAGACAGAAUCAGAAAUAUACUCACCUUACAGCUUCUAUAGUUCGAAUGACAAUAUGGACGGAUCCACGAACGAUGAUUACCAGAAUGAGAUGACGCCAAAAACCACGACUAAUAAACUGCGAGUCAGAAAAGGCAGGAGCAUUGUACAUAAGAAUCUUGAAGAUAACUACGGAGCUGUUGUUAUUGCUAACCAUGAAGCAUUAGCACAGGUUUUAGAACAGGUACAACAAAGUGCAACCAUGCAAUCGUCUCUCCGAGGACUAAAAGCUUGCACGAAUUUACGCUGGAGCGACUUCACUAUCCAGUCACAGAGUAAAGGUCUGACAGCUGGCAAGCGCGUGUUCCACUCCGCGGUGUGGAAUUCCAACCAGGGCCCAGUACAAGUCACAUUAAUGCUGUACAAGGAGCAGCUGGCUUCGCAAUUGGUGUGCCAGCAAUCGCUACAACCGACCCUCAGCUUGAAUGCUGUAACAGAGUUCUGUGAUCUGGUGCCGAUGCAGCAGUUCGGAGAAGAAGGAGAGGAUCUGGUGCAAGCAACGAUCGUAGUGUUAGGUCACGCGCAGGUAGACACGCUGCAGUCAUACGGGGAGUCGCUGCACAGCGGCGAGGGUCACAGCAAAGACCACCAACUAGUCUCCACCGAGCAGACGCACGAGGCUAUCUUCAUGCUGCUGCAGCUCAUCAACGGCCUCAAGUGUCUGCAGGCGCGCGGCGUCGAGGAGAUAUCAGAAGCCCUCACCUCCUUUAUAUCCCUCAAAGAGGUCCAACCCCUCACCUCCCAUAGCAGUACCUUGAAUCUGCCUUCGCCUGACGAUAGACUCAACUCCUUGUGGGCGCCGAAGACUAACUCUUAUGGACGACUUUGCGUCUUACAGGGUUUGAGUGACGAGAUAAACAGCAGUAAAUCGAACGAAGAUGAACACCACAGUUCCCUCUGCAAAUGUGCGAUACGAGCUGUCGACAUCCUACUUCCUGGGGAGAAAUUAACACCAGUCCUGAAGGAAGUGUUACAGGAAGAACGAGCUGUGUCUUUAAACCAGGCUAAAUCUGUCCUGGAAUUCAUGUUAUGGGGACCUUUAGAUGUUGUCCAAGGUGUUCCAGUAGAAGAAAGGGAACUUUCUCUACAGAGAUGGUUGGAUUUAGAGCGAGCGACUGUUUUACACGGUUUAGUGAGAACAAGAGUUCAAUUGAACGUCUUUGAGCAAUUGCAUUUGAUGUUCUUGGUCCGGUCCACGGCCAAAGCAAUGUGCGACGCAUCUGUAUUGCUAGAGAAGGCAAAUGUAUACUAGUGUAUAAUUUGUGUAAUAUAAGUUACUAAUUGGAUGCCGUGAUGAAUUUUAUUUGGUCCCUCGAGCCGGAUUCUAAAAUCUUUAAUCAUUCAAGUCUGUUAUUUUGUAUAUCAUAAUUUUAUUUGACGCAUGUGGAAUUGCAAAUUGUAGAUAGACGCACAAAUACGUAUAAGGCAUCCAUGUUUAGAUUUUACAAUAUUCUAGGCACCUUAAGACAUUUAAUUUUAUUUCUAUUAAGAAUUUUAACGCUGAAUUAAUAUUAAAUCGAAAGGUUUAAUUGAUAAAUACAUUGUAACAAAAAUACUUUGUUCGUAAUAACUUAAUACUCAUAUAUUCCGGUGCCUUACCUUGUAUUAUACACAAGCUUAUUGUAAAUUUAAAUUGUAAUUUAUUAUAUUAUAAAUAUUAUUUUAGUUCUCGAUUGGACUUCAGUGCAAAAUGUUUAAUCUUCAUUUAUAUAAAUAAGUAUUCAUCGAAUAUAAAAGUUUAUUAUA